AAAGUGUCCAACUGCGCCUAUGAAAGAUACCAAAAUUGCUUGUCUAUCUCAACGGCCUCCCGCCUUUGCGAUUCUCUGCCUCUGUCGACUAGGAUACACCGAACGACGCCUCAAGGCGCUUCCAGACAAAAUGCUAUUCUCUUAUGCCACGUUAUUAGCAGCUGCUGGACUCCUGCAAACCGUGCUAGGCCACAACAUACAACUUCCCGCCCAUGGCCGAGAGUGCUUUCACGAGGAGCUCCACAAGGACGAUGUCAUGACUGUUACCUUCCAGGUCGGUGACAGGGAAUUUGGUAGUGCUGGCAACAUAGACAUUGACUUCUGGAUCACGAAUCCCCAGGGCCAAUACGAAACCUUUCAAAAAGAGGUCUCUAACGGUGACUACUCAUUCACAGCCAAACAUGAUGGCAGAUAUCUCUACUGCUUCGGCAACGAACAUUGGGGUGCGAACAGCAAGGAAGUGUCUUUCAAUGUCCAUGGCAUCGUCUACGUCUCGGAAGCCGAUGCCCCACAGGAUCCCCUGGAGGCUGAAAUUAAAACUCUCAACGAACUAAUUGGCCAAGUUAAAGACGAGCAAUCCUACAUCGUCAUUCGCGAACGCACACACCGAAACACAGCCGAGAGCACCAACAGCAGAGUCAAAUGGUGGAACCUAUUCGUUAUUGGAGUUGUCAUUGGCGAAUCCCUUUUCCAAGUCUGGUGGCUACGUCGCUUCUUCGAGGUAAAGCGAGUCUUGUAAGAAAAUGAGAGGGAAGAGAGUCUGGAAUCAGACUAAGAAGCAUGCAAUGCUCUUCUUGAUCUUGGAGUCCUCUGGCGUAUUAAGGUCUGGAACAAAACGGCGUGCUAUGAAUAGGGGCUAUUCGGGGUGUACAAUAAUUUGUACUUUUACGAGAGAUUAUAGCGAACAGGCUUGAUAUUGCACUUGUUUGUGUCAGCCCCCUUCCCCCCUGGUCUAUUUCCUCGCAAACUACUAGCUACAGAAUAGCCAAAGACAAUGUUAUAUAUGUUACGACACAAGUUCCGGCCAAUUCACUACUUGACUUCUUGUGCUCACAUUGCGGUCAGUUGAGGGUGAUGCGUUGCAACUAUCGUGUUAAACAGAUUCGAUUCGAUUUCUUGAUAUAUCUACCUAAGAUGGCGCGGGCUUGCAUCAAGGUUAUAUCUGCACAUUUUUCUCUGCUCCCAUUGUGAGCGCACUGGUACUCUUUAAUCGAUAUCUCCGUC